GGUAGCUCCAUUUGACUCCAUUUUGACUCCGUUUAGGGCAGGCAGUGCCAGGCAGGCAGUCACUCAGGUCGUGCUCGCCCGCGAGAUAUCACCAAAUUUUCUAGAUUAAUUUCCAGACUUUGAACUAGACUCCGAACUUUAAAUGUUCCGACUCGUUUGCGUAUUGAAACCUUUUCCCGAGGAUUCAACAAAGUCAGAAUCCAUAAUCCACUCAUCAAUCCCCCAACAGUCACCGAUUAUUCAGACUGGGUACCCAAGACACUGGGUUGUGUAAGCUACUUGCCCUACCUAUUUACUCUCCAUCUAAAAAUGGAACGAGAUGAAGUCAACGCCGUUGACUUCGGGACAGGCCCAGAAAAUCGCCGCCAAGGUUCCUAAGAGAAACGAGGACCGCAUCAUUUUGCAUUUUGACUACGACUGUUUUUACGCCAGCGUGUUCGAGAAUGCCAACCCAGCUCUCAAAGGAUUGCCAUUAGGCGUCAAGCAGAAGAGUAUCUUAGCUACAUGUAAUUACGCAGCUCGGGCCCGAGGGGUUUCGAAGCUGUCGUCGAUCUUUGACGCGAAGAAGGCAUGUCCAGAGAUCGUGAUCAUCAACGGCGAGGAUCUAACGCCAUUCCGCGAUGUCUCCAAAAGGCUAUGGUCAGUAUUGAGAUCCUAUUCUUGGAAUGACCGCGUGGAACGCUUGGGGCUCGAUGAGGUGUUUUUAGACGUGACAGAUAUCGUGGCAUACAACCAAGAGCUGCUGAAUCGUAACACCUUGCCACAUUCCUUCUUUCAGCUUUCUCGACAUGACCUCGAAAAGGGCUUUGUCUUCGACGGUACGCGGUUCUGUGGAUGUACGGAACCUUUUUUGAACCAGGAAGAUAUCACCCUGGCCCUAGAUAACCCACUAUGUGUACGCCUGAUGCUUGCAUCACAUCUAGCGGGCCACCUGCGCCACAGAAUAGAAGAGGAGUUUGGGUACACGUCUAGCGGUGGUAUAUCGACGAACAAGCUGUUAGCAAAGAUGGUUGGUAGCGUGCAUAAGCCAAAGAACCAGACUACGCUUCUUAGUCUUCAUGAGGAUGACAUCCAAAAUUUCAUGGAUCGCCACAAGCUGCGGAAAGUUCCCGGUAUAGGCUCUCGCAUUGCGCACCUGAUCCAGGACCACGUGAUCCCAGCCAAGGAGUCUGCUACGUACGAUCCGCACAACAUGGACACAGGAGCCAAGGUAACAGUGGGCCAGGUUCGCCAAUACCCAUUCAUGUCGGCAGACCAACUAGAGCGAAUCCUCGACCGUCCCGGCGCAGAGCGUGGCGGUGGUGAGAAGAUCUGGAGUCUGCUUCAUGGCGUAGACAACUCCGAUGUCAAGGAGGCGAGCGAUGUGCCGACGCAGAUCAGCAUCGAAGACACGUAUAUGUCUAGACCAUUAAAUACCCCGGCCGAAAUUUUGCGAGAGCUAUGCGCCCUAUCAACUUCCCUGGUCAGACGUAUGCGAACCGAUCUCACGGUAGACGACGAUAGCGCGUAUCCCUCCAACGGCCCAGCCGCUGACACCGCCUCUACCCCGACAAUACAAUCGAGCAAGCAGCCAAACCAAUUAUGUUGGGCCGCCUACCCCAAGACGCUACGCUUAUCAACGAGAACGCGCCCUAAAUCUGGCAACCCUGAAAACUUUAGCCGAAGCUCACGUAGUCAGUCACUACCAAGCUUCGUCUUGAAUCUCAAGGACGAAAGCGUCGAGGCCAUCGGUGAACGUCUAGCCACCGAUGUCCUUCUCCCUCUUUUCCGUCGUCUAAAUCCAGAGCGGCAGGGCUGGAAUUUAGCGCUGAUCAACAUCUGCGUGACGAACAUGGUGAUGGUGGCGGGCCCUGGCGAGGGCGGAAACGGAGGACCGACAGGCUUCAAGGGGCGGAACAUCGCAAGCAUGUUUCGGACGCAGGAGGAUAAGCUGCGGGAAUGGACUGUCUACGAUCCCACGCCUGUAAACGACGCUCCCGUGGCCUCUACAAAUGUUGAGGAAUUCGCCGAGAAUGCUACUUGGACUGAAGAUGAGAAGGGCGGCAGCGAGGAAGAGGAGUACCUCUCCAUGGAAGUAGAUCCAGUCUCCCUAGACCCGGAUGCGGCGGAUGCUUGGGAGGAAGAAGAUGAGUCCUACCGCUGUCACAUCUGCGGACACGCCAUCCCCGUCUUCGCAAUACCGGCACACGAAAGAUUCCAUGCCAUUGGUGACUAGGUAACUGACUGAUUGCUUUUCUCUCAUUAUCGUCUUCGUGUCUGCUGG